AUGGAGAAGCAGAUCCUCAAACUGUGCGUACUGCUGAGCACUUUGGCUGCAUCAGUGCAAACUUACCAGCUCCAAGAGGCCACUGUGUACUGGGAUUCUGCCCAGAAAAGUGUGAUCCUGAAGGAGGAGGUGAUGGAGACAGACGGCGGAGCCUACGGUUACUUCAAUGAUACUCUGCUCCUCUCUGGAUGGGGGGUCUUGGAAAUCUGCGCGGGUUAUGGAGGAGUCACACAGGAAGACGAGACCACCUUCUUCCUGGCUGGGUACCUGGAAGGUUACCUCACUGCUGAACAGAUGUUUAAUCAUUACUCCAACAUGUACCCUCAGCUGAUAAAGGAUGAGGAGGUUUUGAAUCCGCUGAAAAAGUUUUUGAGCAAACAGGACCAGUGGGCCAGGGAGCAGGUGAAACUGAGGAGAAACAGUGACCCACUGUGGAAACAUCUGGGACUGAUCCUGGCCCAACUGGACGGACUCCACGCCGGAGCAGCACAGUGGGCCAAAAGCAAACACAGAGAGCCUCUGUCAGCAUUUGCGGUCCAGUUUCUGAAUGGCGUUGGUGAUCUCUUGGACAUGGUCCCUGCCCUGACACCUCGCUCCAACUCCUCCACAGGGGCCGGCGCUUUCAGGAUGCCAGGAAUGGGCCAUUGCACUGCUCUCAUAAAGGUGCUGCCAGGCUUUGAGAACCUACUGUUUGGACACUCGAGCUGGUACACUUAUGCAGCCACCAUGCGCAUCUAUAAACACUGGGACUUCAGGGUGUUUGACACACACACCGCCACAGGAAAGAUGUCGUUCAGCAGCUACCCCGGCUUCCUGAUGUCUCUGGAUGACUUCUACCUGCUCGGGAGUGGCCUGCUGAUGACUCAGACCUCCAUCGGCGUCUUCAACGCCUCCCUGUUCUGCCAGCUCAGCCCUCACAGCCUGCUGGCCUGGCAGAGAGUCCGCCUGGCCAACAGCAUGGCGCACAGUGGAGAGGAGUGGGCGCACGUUUUCUCCAAAUACAACUCUGGUACAUAUAACAGCCAGUACAUGGUGGUGGACCUGAACAGGGUCUCUCUGGGUCACAGCAUCAGCGAUGGAGCUCUAACUGUGGUGGAGCAGAUUCCUGGGAAGGUGAUGCACUCUGAUCAGACUCAAGCUUUACGCAGAGGUUAUUGGCCAUCCUACAACAUACCAUUUCAUGUUGAAAUAUACAACCUGAGUGGGUACGGUGUGAUGUGGAGGAGAUAUGGAGUAGACUUCUCCUAUGACCUCUGUCCCCGAGCCAAAAUCCUCCGCAGAGACCAGGCUAAGGUGUCUAACCUCAACUCCCUCAAACACAUCAUGAGAUACAACAAUUACAAGAAAGACCCCUACUCCAAGGGCCAUCCCUGUAAAACCAUCUGUUGCCGUAACGACCUGAAACCGAGGAGACCACGCCCGGGAGGUUGCUAUGACACUAAGGUGACAGAUUACCAGAUGGCUCUCCAGCUGGUUGCAGAGGCAAUAAACGGCCCCACGACACAGGGGGGUCUGCGGCCAUUUUCAUGGCAAUCCUUCAACCUCACGAUUCAUCGGGGUCUCCCACACGCCUACAACUUUCCCUUCGUCACCAUGAGGCCCGCACUUCGCCGACCCUGA